GCCUGGCCGGCAUAUCCGUUAAACUUUCAAAUUAGACAGCGUAUGCACGCUAGCGCGAGUGGUCUUUUCGAAAGUUUCGCUCCGUGUGUAUGUAUGAGUAUUUAUCCUCUCGCGAAUUCGGGUCUCUCUAUCUCUCUCUUUCGCGGUGAUCUCUCGCAAAAUCUGUCGCGACUAAUCGAAGGAUACGAUGUCGCACAUCUACUAUUCGAGCAAAUACUACGACGAUCAGUACGAGUACAGGCAUGUUGUUUUGCCAAAAGAAAUGGUAAAACUGGUGCCGAGAACUCAUCUGCUGUCUGAGCAAGAAUGGAGAGCCAUUGGAGUCCAGCAGAGUCAAGGAUGGGUGCAUUAUAUGAUUCAUGAACCUGAACCACACAUUUUGUUGUUCAAGAGAAAAAUAACGACACCUCCAGAAUUGAGAGAGGAAGAAAAUUGAAUGCGGAGAAAUUAUUUCUAUUAUACUAUUAGCUUGUAAAUAACAAUUCAGAUUAUGUUCAUAUUUAUAGUGGGACAUAUUUGUGAUGGUAAAGCAAUGUUACUUUCUCUCUUUCUCUUUUCUCUCUUUAACGUCACAAUGCAUAACUUGAUAUCGAAUAAACUUUCUGUAGAUUUGAUUUAAGGAAGUCCUGCAAAUCAGUUGUACACAAAGCGAUUUGGUUAAAAUCCACAAAAUAAUAUGUCCAUAGUCUUUGUGUCUAUAAUUACUUUGCUUAGUCAUUCAUAAAAAAAAUGUCAAGCAAGUAUACUGUAUAUAUGUCUAUAGAGUAUCUUAGUUUUUAAUCAUCGCUUUGUCAUAGCUCUUAUCUUUUUGCAUUAGAACUCAAGAAUGAAAGUUAUGUUACGAUAUAUUGACUCUGACAGUGUGUGACAUACUCUCUAGUUCUUCUCAAAGGUUGUAAUUUGAAAAAGAAAUAAUUUAUAAGAAUUUCCUCUUGUGAUCAUAGAGUGCCUUUUAGAUUAGUCUAAAAAUUUCAAUAAAUU